AUGUCUUCGGACAUUGAAAGCUUCGCUGCUCAUCUGCAGUCGUCACAACGCAUCCUGGCCUUGAUCGGUGCAGGCCUGUCUGCUUCUUCUGGACUACCUACCUUUCGUGGUGCUGGAGGCUUAUGGAGAACUCAUGAUGCCACCUCGCUAGCCACUCCCGAGGCUUUCAGUCGCGAUCCCGGCCUCGUCUGGCAAUUCUACAGUUAUCGCCGUCACAUGGCUCUCAAGGCACAGCCAAAUAGAGCUCACCUCGCCCUGGCUGAGUUGGCGAGGAAACAUCCAGCCUUCCUCGCUCUCAGCCAAAACGUUGAUGGUCUGUCGCAACGAGCGAAACAUCCUGCAGAAAAGCUUCAACUUCUCCACGGUAGCUUGUUCAACGUCAAGUGCACCUCCUUCUACUGUUCAUACCAUGGCCAAAACUUCACAGAUCCUAUCGCUCCCGCCCUCAAAAUCCCUCUCGACGAAUCAGACCCAACCACAAAAGAUGCUUUGCACACCAAACAAGAUCGGAAAGAGUUGGAUAUAGCAGACGCAGAAGUUCGCCUCCCCUCUGUCACGACAGCAGACCUUCCAUUAUGUCCAAAGUGUCAGGAAGGGCUUUUGCGUCCUGGAGUCGUCUGGUUUGGCGAGUCUCUUCCGAGCAAAGUACUCAAUGCUGUCGACAGCUUCAUCAACGACUCUGAAAAAAUCGACUUGAUCAUGGUCAUUGGCACGAGUGCCAGCGUCUAUCCCGCUGCUGCCUAUGUCGACGAUGCCAGAGAAAAAGGUGCAAGAGUCGCCGUCAUCAACGCCGCUCGUGCUGAUGAGCCAGCGGGAGGCCUUGACGACAACGAUUGGUUCUUCGAGGGUGACGCUGCUCAGAUCCUUCCCGAAAUUUUGAAGGGCGUUAUUGGAGAAGUUGAGCAGCCGACAGAAAAAUUAUAG